AUGUAUCAGAAAUUGGCCGCGAUCUCGGCCUUGUUGGCCGCUGCUCGGGCUCAGCAAGUUUGCACCUCUCAGGCAGAGACUCACCCGGCUCUAUCAUGGUCGAAAUGCACAUCUGGCGGAAGUUGCACAACUCAAGCGGGCAAAGUAGUCCUUGAUGCAAACUGGCGAUGGACUCACGCUUAUCCUAGCGGUAACAACUGUUAUAACGGCAAUACCUGGGAUGCUACCCUAUGUCCUGAUGACGAGACCUGUGCGAAGAACUGUUGUUUGGAGGGAGCCGACUACUCAGGAACCUAUGGAGUCACCACCAGUGGUAACCAGCUUACCAUUGACUUCGUUACUCAGUCGCAAAACAAGAAUGUCGGUGCUCGUCUGUACUUGAUGGCAUCCGACACUGCCUAUCAAGAGUUUACUCUUCAGAAUAAUGAGUUCUCUUUCGAUGUUGAUGUGUCUCAGCUGCCGUGUGGCUUGAACGGAGCUCUAUACUUCGUGUCUAUGGAUGCGGAUGGUGGUGCAUCCAAAUACCCAACAAAUCUUGCUGGCGCGAAAUACGGCACAGGAUACUGUGACAGCCAGUGCCCUCGUGACCUGAAGUUCAUCAACGGCCAGGCCAACGUUGAAGGCUGGCAGCCAUCUUCCAACAACGCCAACACUGGAAUUGGUGGGCACGGAAGCUGCUGCUCCGAGAUGGAUAUCUGGGAGGCAAACUCGAUUUCUCAAGCUGUGACUCCUCACCCUUGUGAAACUGUCGGCCAGGUUAUGUGCGAUGGCGACGCUUGCGGCGGUACUUACUCUUCCAACAGAUAUGGCGGUACUUGCGAUCCCGAUGGUUGUGAUUGGAACCCAUACCGCUUGGGCAACCACACUUUCUAUGGUCCAGGAUCUAGCUUCACUCUUGAUACCACCAAGAAGUUGACUGUUGUUACGCAGUUCACUUCGUCUGGUAUCAACCGAUACUAUGUUCAGAAUGGUGUCAAAUUUGUCCAACCCAAUGCUCAGAACGUUAACGGCUACACUGGUAAUACGCUCAACAGCGCUUACUGCGCAGCUGAGGAGGCAACGUUCGGUGGAACUUCUUUCUCAGACAAGGGCGGCCUCACUCAAAUGAACCAAGCCCUUUCUGGUGGCAUGGUUCUGGUCUUGAGCUUGUGGGAUGAUUACGCUGCCAAUAUGCUCUGGCUGGAUUCAACCUACCCAACCAACGAUACCGCUUCUACCCCUGGUGCCGCCCGAGGAACCUGCUCCACCAGCUCUGGUGUUCCCGCCACCGUUGAGCAACAGUCCCCCAACUCCAAGGUUGUCUUCUCCAACAUCAAGUUUGGACCUAUUGGUAGCACCGGCGGCAACAGCACAACCGGCACUCCGACUUCGACACCAGGAGGCCCCUCCAGCACUGGAAGUUCUCCCGGCGCAACUCAGACUCACUACGGACAGUGCGGUGGUACCGGCUACAGCGGCCCCACUCAGUGUGCUAGCGGCUACACUUGCCAAGUCCUGAACCAAUACUACUCUCAGUGCCUGUAA